UCCCCUCUAUUUUCUCCCACAAAAAUCUUGUUCCUAAAUUUCUCCAAACCCAACCUCAACUACCUUUUUCAUUUUUCUUCAAGGAAUUUAGUGAUAAGCUUUUCAAUUAAAACAAAAAACACCUUAUUUUCCUAGAUCUAUCUUCUUAUCUUUAUAAUAUAUUUUCUUCCCUAAACUUCUUCAAGAAAACCUCAAAAGAAAAACCCAUUUUUGACACUUUGACAAAAAAUUAAAGAAAUGCCCAUGGAACGUUCAAACUCAUCAGGAAGCACAAACUCUUCAUACUCAACAACAUCAAGAUCAUCAUCAUCACUAGUUUUAUCCAUACAAUGCUUAAAAGGAAGUUCGAAAGGCGAUGAAUGGACCGGAAAUAUGUUGAUAACUGGGGAUAUCGUGGAGGAACUUCGAAUAGGUAACAUGAUUCUUCGAUCACCGUUCAAGAAUGGCAAAAAUGGUAUACAAAAGAUCAUGCAUAAUUCAUUCAAGGCAAAGGAAACUUCUAUUAUUGUUCGUGUUAGGCGUGGAUCUCAAUCUGACGAUGAAUUAUUCACCGAGUUACAGGCAUGUAUCGUUCCGAAUGAGUUUGGCGGAAGGAAAACUUAUAUGCUUAGAGCUAUCGAUGAUCCUAAUUAUGCUGUUGGUUUUGUUGAUCGGACGGAAAUGGAGUGUUUGGAAUUGCAAGGUUCAAGGAAGUCAAGAAUGGUGGGAGCAUUGACAAGGACUCCACUCCAAGAAGGAUAUGUGAGCUAUCCAUGGGAGAAGAGAAUGAAUGAGUUGCUAGCAGUUCCAAAGUCAAGUAACUUUUACUCCCUACUUCUCUUGCCAAAAGCCUCAGACAAAGUUUCAAUUGGUUAUAAUGAUUUAGAAGACACACUUUCUAGAGCAAAUGCUUGGCUCAUUGCUUCUCAAGCCUCUGGUGUUCCCAUUGUUUUCAUGAAUAUCCAGACUGAAUCUCUACUUACCAAGAUAUCAGGGGAGACAGCUUCGUGCACUGUAAGUGCCGGAUCACUUUCUGAUUUAUCAAACCUUGCAAAUGCAAGUUUGUAUGGUUUUGAAGAUUACCAUGGAGUGGAUAUUGGUGUUGUUCGAGCAGUUCGUCUUUGGUUUUCCCCACUUGGAGGAGAGAUUCCUAUUGACAUUAUAAUCAAAGAAAAUGAUGUAAAACUUGGAUUUGCCAUCAGCAGAACAGAAGAGGGGUUUAUUCAUAUAUCAUCAGUAGCUGAAGGUGAUGAGGAUGCACCUUCAUCAAGAUCAGGCCUUAGCAAUCUAUACAAAGAAGCAAGGAAAGAGUGCAAGCUUUUAGUUGUAUCAAGAAUAUCCAACCAAAAGGUACUUCCAUGGAUCGUUUCUCCAAUGGGGGCAGUCAGGUGUUUUGAUACCAUCUCUCUGAGUCAAAAAUUGUCUUUGCAUCGACAUGCAAAGGUUCCCAUUCUUAUGCACGUGUUCCUUUGGGACCGUUCUGUCCCCGUGCCAAAUGCUGGUAUGAUUAAUCGGCCGAGGACUAUUUCCCCGACUAUGCUACCAUCGUUGCCACCUGAAGUUCGGUUGGCACGCCAACCGAAUGAUAAUCAGGUGAUGCCAUUGCCUCUAGAAGUUGAAGAUGAGAUAGGAAGUCAGAGUGAUGAAUCAGAACUAAGGCAUGUCAGGGACACUGCUGGGGAAUCUUCUUUCCGCUUCCAUGAUUUUUCUCUACCAAAUAAUUGGGUGUAAGUAUUUUCUUCUAACGUUGUUUGAUGUACAUAAAGAUGACAAGUUUUGUAACUAAGGGUGAUCAGUUUAAGGGGCAUUUGUAACAGCUUAUUCCGCUAUGGAGUUUCAAUCAUUAAACUCUAUAAUGUAACAAAAAAAUUGCUGUUUAGUCAGACUUGUAU